AUGAAAAUUCUCACGGAAAAUAUGAAGGAAAUGCUGUCGCCGUUACAGCCAGUAAUUCCGUACGGCGUUCUUGAGCCCUGGGACGAUUUAAACCCGAGACUUUAUCACGCCGUGCACAUUUAUUGGCUUAAGUUCUACGGCAUGUGGUACAACAACUUCUCGCCGAAAAACAUACUAUUCUGGCUCCAGAUGAUGUACACGGUAGUCGUGUUAUGGCUCGUGUGUUUCUUACCCGGCAUCGGAGAAGUUGUGUAUUUGUUGAAGCGAAGCGAAAAUAUUGGCGACAUUGCUGAAGGCUUAUACUUGUUCCUGAGUGAAAUGUACACGUACUUCAAAGUGAGCGUGUUUUGGCUGAAUAGGGACAAAGUUAUGAAUCUGUUGAAGUAUUUGUACUGCACAGAGUUUAAGCCGACGGAGGCAGAGCACAGGGAGAUUAUUCGAAAAAGUAUUAAAACUGCACGUUUUGUGAUGACAUACUAUUCCACUAUGUGUGUUGGCGCGGUCUCGGUGGGAAUUAUUAUGCCGUUAACAGAACAUUUUGCCAUUUUACCAACGAAUGUGGAAUAUCCGUUUUUCGAUGUUUACAAGUCGCCAGCAUAUGAAACGAUGUACAUUCAUCAUAUUUAUUAUAAACCAGCAACAUGUAUAAUAGACGGAGCAAUGGACACGAUUCUUGCAGCAUUUGUCGCCUCUGCCAUUGGUCAAGUAGAAAUUUUGGCGUUCAAUCUCCGCCAUUUCACAAUGAUAGCGGACCGUCGCCGCCAGAGAGCGACUAGGGCGAAGAACCCAAUUGGGACCCUUCCGAAAGAGUACUACAUACGUUCCGUGCUUAGAGAUUGUGUUAAACACCACAAUAGUAUUAUAAGAUACGUUUCGAUGAUAGAGGGCGCGUUCAGUCUGGCGUCCGCUUUACAAUUCAUGUUGAGUGUCAUGGUCCUUUGUCUGGUCGGUGUCCAGUUUUUAUCGAUCGACGAACCGGCAAAGCACCCUAUGCAGAUAAUGUGGAUGGCAAUAUACUUAACAUGUAUGCUUAUUGAGGUUUUCAUUCUGUGCUGGUUUGGAGAUGAACUAAUCUGGAAGAGCAUUGACCUUAGCCAUGCGGCUUUCGAAGGACCAUGGAUAAGCACUGACCCAAAGACAAUGAAGUACAUCGUAAUCUUCAUGGAGAGAUGUAAACGACCCAUGAGGUUGACCGCUGGAAAAGUUUUUACCCUUUCUUUGGAUACUUACACUGUGCUUAUAAAUUGGUCUUACAAGGCGUUUGCUGUAAUGAGUAAUAUGAAGAAAUAA